UAAUUAAUUUAUUUAUUGUGUAUAAAAACCAUGUGGUAGUUGGUUAAUAAUUAAUUUAAUUGACUUAAUUAAACUAAUAAUGAGUGAUAAUCAAAAAAAUAUAGAAAAAGAAGAAGAAAUUGUUGAUCCAGUUGAACAAAUGUUAAAAAAAACUGGCUGUAUUGAUUUGCAUUAUCAAGUAUUGGAGUGUAAUUCAGAGAAAAAAGAUUGGCGUUUGUGUAAAAAAGAAGUACAAGAAUUUAAAGCUUGUAUGACAAAAUAUCAAGAGCAACAAAAAUUAAAUAGAUUCUAAUUAAAAAGA